UGUUGCCAAUCAGCGGAUAAUUAUCCGAUUUGCGUACCUUUUUGAGAGUUGUCGUACCUUCUGCGUACCUUUAAAUAAAUCGGAUAUUUGCGGAUAUUUUUCAGUGUAUCUACUAUCAUCGACUAAAACUUUCUCAUCCAUAUAUUCCCAGCACCAACAACACAUUAAUUUUGUUUGCUUCCACCAAAAUUUUUAUAAAUAGCCUAUACUGGAUGAAUGUUAGUGACAUCCGAUACUUUUCAUCUUUUGACAAAAGGGACAUGUGCCGAUUCUUUUGUUUAGAAUUUAAAUGCACAAGUGCAUCCACUUAAGGCGUACUAAUCCAAUUCAAAUUUCAAAAUCUGUCUGCCCUCGGAUGUUAUUUAUGAGUUUUUCGAUUUUAGUCUGUAAACUUAUGAAAGCUAAUUCACGCACGAUUUAGUUUUAUUUUCAUUGUAUGUAGUGCAGUGCUUAAGUAAACGUCUCGUCUGUUGAAAUAAGUUUUGGUUUGUGAAAAUACUUUUUUAUAAUGGAUAAAUGGUUAAUAAAAAGUGUUAAGACCAAAUCAAAUAAUGAAAAAAAUAUUGCUGAAAAGCAGCCGUCAACUUCACGUCAUGCUUCUGAACAACAGCCUGAAUCUAGUAAUCAGCAAAAUGUUACUGAAGAGCAGCCAUCUACUUCUCAUACUCCUAAGGGAGGAGUAAUUAUUAGUCAAAAUGUUGACGUUGGCCGUGUUAGUAAAAAGAUUAACACUUCUCAGAGUAAUAUUAUUGUUGACACUAAUGAUGCCGAGCCCAAUGAUGCCGAGCCCAAUGAUGCCGAGUCCGCACCAAUUGUUGACAAAUUUCUAUUGAGUUUGAAAAGGAAAGCUGAUUUUGUAGAUACACCUUCAAAAAGAAUAUGCAAGUUUAUUCCAGCGUGGCUAACCGAUAACGAGUUUCGCGGGUGGCUUAAUAAAUCAAAUAAGCCAGAUGAUAAACACGGCAAUGAAUACGCAUUUUGUAAAGUUUGUAAAUCAAAUUUGGUGGCUCAUAAGGCUGUGUUACUUAGACAUAUGAGAACGGAAAAACACAAAGAGAAUUUUAGUGCGGUAUCCAGUAAUAUAAAAAUAAAGGACAUGUGUGUAAAACAAACCUGUGAAAAUAAUUUAGUUAAAAGAGCAGAACUAAAAUUAUGUAGUCUUUUGGCUACAAAGGACUUACCGUUCUUAUUAAUGGACACUGUAUGUCCACUACUUAAAGAUAUUUUUCCAGAUUCUAAGAUAGCUCAACAAUUAACCGUUAAAAGGACUAAAGCAACUCAAAUAGUCGUUGAAUGUUUGGGUGACAAUUUUCUGAAAGAAUUAUAUGAAAAGUUAAGAGUACCUGGAAUGUUUUUUUCAUUGAUUAUGGAUGAAACUACAGAUAUAUCGGUAAAAAAACAGUGUGCAUUUACUGCAAUAUUUUUUGAUGAAAAUUCCAACUCAUUACAAACAACAUUUUUUGACAUUUUAGAAAAUACUGGGGGCACUGCAGUUGAAUUAUAUUCAACUUUAAAAGACAUAAUAUUUUCCAAAGGUAUUCCUAUAUCUAAUUUUGUUGGAUUUUCGUCGGACACACCUAAUGUAAUGGUAGGGCCACACAAUUCAGUUUUUUCCCAUCUAAAACAAGAAUUUCCUGAUAUAGUUUGUGUUAAAUGCUCUUGUCACAUGGCACAUUUAGCAACUUCAAAGGCAUGCUUGAAACUUCCCAAGCACAUUGAGGACUUACUAAGAAAUAUAGGAAGCCAUUUCAAUAGAAGUGCUUGUCGAAGAGCCAAAUUUCGGGAAUUUCAGGAAUUUUUUAAGGUUGACAUUCACAAAAUUCUAUCACCUGCUAAGACCAGGUGGCUUUCACUAAAAGCAGUUGUGGACAGGGUUCUAGAGCAGUACGAACCAUUACGUGCAUAUUUCAAGGAGAGUGUUUCUGAAGAUCCUUCACAUGUAACGGAAACUAUGUUGGAAACUCUUAAUCACCCUCUUACUGAAGUGUAUUUAAAGUUUAUGUCUUAUGUUCUAGAGCUCAUGACGGAUUUCAAUAUUUUAUUCCAAUCCGAAAAACCACUUUUAUAUAGGGUUAAGCCCGAAACUGAAAAUUUAUUGAAGAUUUUAUGUUCCAAUUAUAUGAAUAUUGUUCAUAUAAAAAAAUGUGCAGAAAUCCUGAAAAUUGUUCACGACAAUCCAGACAAUUUUCUUCCAUUAGAGCAAAUUUAUAUAGGAAUUUCUGCUUUCGACAGUUUGCAACAUUUGCGAUCGGAUAAAGACACAAAUUUAGAACAAGCAGACUUUGAUAAUUUUUUUAAAUCAAUAUUAUCCUUUUAUAUUGAACUAGUUGCUAAUAUCAAAGAUCGGUUUAAAUUUGAGGACCCGGUUUUUACUACCUUAGAGCUGUUAGAUCCGAAGGUGGCCCAAUCAUUCCAAACAAAAUCUUUAAAAAACAUAUUAGAUAGGUUUCCAGUUCUAAAUAACUUUGUCAAUGCACAAUCUUUGGAUAACGAGUGGAGAAAACAUGCACUCUUAGAUUUUGAUAGUUUAGACAUUAAUUCCAAUACCGAGUGUGAUAUAUACUGGUCUCAGAUUUUUAAAUUAAAAAAUGAAGCCAACAUAUCUUUGUUUCCAAAUUUAAAAAAAGUAUUUUCAUUGUUAUUCGUUCUACCAUUUUCAAACGCUGCGGUAGAAAGGGUUUUUAGUAAUUUAUUCAAUAUAAAAACAGAUAAGAGAAAUCUUUUAGAUACAUCUACAAUUAGGGCUUUAUUGGCGACAAAAGAUGGUAUCGGUAAUACAGGCUGUGUAAAAUUUACACCUUCAAAAAAAAUGUUAGGAUGUAACAUAUGGCAAAAUAGUAAAUGAGAAUUUUGUACUUUAUUAAAUUAUGUUUUUUGUAUGUGUUGGAUUACGUACUUACAUGUUUAGGUUUUUAAUGUUUUAAUGUCCCACUGGCAUAUUAUUUGAUAAAUAAUGAAAUGAUUUAAAAGUCAGUUAAAUAUGAUUUAUUUCUGUUAUUAGUUAGUAACAACCAAAAAAGUUAAGUUUUCCAUAAAGUGGGGGACUUUUUAUUUUUUACUUUAAUUUUCCAUUUCCAACAAUUGUUUUUUCCGAUUAUAGUGCUAGCUGACAACUCUGCCAUGUAAGGUCAUACCUACAAAUUUUCCAACCAAUAUGGUUGAUGUCAUGUAAUGCCAGGGGUUAAUCUGGAAAUAUUUUUAACAUCCUUUAAAAUCGCAUAAUAUAAUGUAACCUUAACUGUUUAAAAACAACUCAAGGGUUUUUACCCGUAUAUUUUUGUGGCUUAAAGCAUGUUAAUCUGUGAAUACACUGAUGAUGGAAUAUUGAUUCCGAAAACGUUUUGUUGUGAUAUACCCCUUUUUAGGGAUUUUAAAUAUACCUCUGAUUUUUUAAUCAACUUAAAUUCCCCAAACCUAAACUAAUUACCUACACAGAAAUCAGUUAAAAAAUUAAUGCACUGCCUUAAUUGUAGUUAUAGUAGUUAUAUAUAUAUUUUUAAACAAUUUUGAAUAAAAAUUCUAGGAGAGUUGGUCACGGAUUUCCACCAUACUUCAUUCGACGUAUCUUGAUGAGAUUGCUAAAUCCUUAUUGGUUAAUUGAUGUUUAUUAAGAAUAAAAUUGUAAAAUAAAACAAUUAAUAAUUUAAUAAAUAAUAAAUAAUUUAAUUUCUA